AUGGCUGAAAGGGGUUACCGAUACGAAUCAUCAAGUCCAUUCGUCUAUCCCGAGUCCUCCAACGUUGAUAUGUCGGUCACAGCUUCGCCAGGAAAUUCCAGUUCGACGCAUGGCAGCACGCCGAUAUAUUCUCCCAUGAUGAGCUCGGAAGCCAGUCCAUCUGAGUCAGGCAUGAGUCCUGAAACGGUCUCUCCAUCAAGCACGUUCAGUGGCGAAGGCGCAUCGCCUCUAGCUCAGUAUGGCGCAAACGCAGACCAGGCAUGUACAUGCCGCACAUGUGGUCGCGUUUUCCGCACGGCAGGUCUCCAGAGGAUCCACUAUAAUCGCAAGCAUAAUCUUCGCUAUACUUGCCAGGAGUGCGAUAAAUCUUUUGGACUCAGAAAGGACCUGGAACGCCACGAAUUAUCGGUUCAUCAGAAGCACCUCAGUUCCACGCCAGUGCAUACCUGCCCGAAUGAGGGAUGUGCGACUCCUGGAAAGAAGUUCCCACGCAAGGAUAAUUGGCGAAGACAUGUGAAUAAGUGCAAGGACACUUUGGCUGUCAAAGCCAUGAGGCAAUGA